AUGGUUCUUGUUAGAAAUCCUCGAUUCCUAAAUCUCAAGUUACAACCUUCCACUACUACUACUACUACUACUUUCCCCCGCUGUUUCCCCAUUCCUGGCGCUUCAAAGGUUACUUCCUUUGCAAGCAACAACAUCUCGACUACUGAUUUGGACAGGAUCAAUGUUCUCGGUAGCGGAAACGGCGGAACCGUCUUCAAAGUUCAGAACAAGACAACCUCAGAGAUCUACGCGUUGAAGAAAAUCAAAGAAGACAUGGAUUCUACCUCCCACCAGCAACUCCUCCGCGAGAUUGAGAUCCUCCGUCUCGUCAACUCUUCUAGAAUCGUCAAGUGUCACGACAUCUUCCAGAAUCCUUCCGGAGAAGUAUCUAUUCUGAUGGACUACAUGGAUCUGGGCACGAUAGAGUCUCUAAGAGGCAAAGUCGUUGCAGAGAACCAACUCGCUUUGAUGGCUCGUCAGAUUUUAGAAGGGUUAAAGUACUUGCACGAGCUCAAGAUCGUCCACAGAGACAUCAAGCCAGCGAAUCUGCUACGUAGCUCGAAAGAAGAAGUCAAAAUCGCAGACUUUGGAGUGAGCAAGAUCGUGGUCAAGUCUUUAGACAAGUGCAACUCGUUCGUGGGCACGUACGCCUACAUGAGUCCCGAAAGACUCGACAGCGAAGCUGAAGGUGUUACAGAAGAAGACAAAUCAAACGUUUAUGCCGGAGAUAUCUGGAGUUUUGGGCUUACGAUGCUCGAGAUCUUGGUCGGUUACUACCCGCUGCUUCCUCAAGGACGGAUACCAGACAAGACCGCAAUAACAUGCGCCGUGUGCUUUGGAGAACCACCGAAAGCCCCCGAAGAAUGCUCAGACGAGUUGAAGAGUUUCAUCGACUGCUGUUUACGCAAGAAAGCGAGCGAGAGAUGGACAGCUUCUCAGCUUCUCAACCACCCUUUUCUUCUCCACCAAGAUUAG